GCGCGCUAAAAAUAAACAACAAAAUUGCGACCGCUUCAGUUCACUUCGACGCCGUUGCCAACGUCGCUGAGAAUAAUAACAGCAUUGACAUUAAGCCAGGCAACGGCGUCAGCCUGGGUCACAGCCAGCAAUCCAUUAGCCUACAGUCGAGGCGCCCCAAUAGCAACACUAACACCAACACCAACAGCAGCAGCAGCGCCAUUGGCCCACAUAUUGAACGCCAGCAGCUUAAACGCAACAAUUUUCCUCUCAAGAUGCGCAUGAAGGUUGGAAAAUUUUGCCUGCAACGCCAGGCAUCGAACCAAAGCGAAAAAUUUCCACAGCCCAGCGAAGUAACAGAAGGUGCCUUACAAGUCUGGCGUACGCUGCCCGAGCGCAUACGACAGGAUCCCAGCCUAGCAUCAUUUCAGCAGGAGCACGAGCGUUUACAUGGCGACGUGGAGCCUUUGCCCACGGAGGAUGCCAUUGCAGAGCAGGAGCGCAAUGGGCAUAAGGAGAGCGCUCGCAUUUUUACACAGAUUGGCAUCAAUGUGACCAACGAGACGGGCCAGGUGCAUGUGCUCGAUGGCAGGGAUCUGGAGAACAAUAACGAUGAUCAGCAAGACGAGGUCGAUGUCUAUUGCAAGAAUAAUCUUAAAAAGUAUCUUAUCUGGUUCAAGAUAACCAUAUUGCUGGUGGUCUGGGGCGUCUUCACAGCUUUUCUUAUGUCCAACACCGAACAUGUGGAUCAGCUAAGUCUGCUGAGUGUUCCUAAAAAUGGCUCCACGCGAGUAUUUCCAAUUACCACGUCCACACUGGAGCGCAUUGGGCUGGGACUACGUGGACCCUUUCGCCUGCAGGAGAAUGAUCUGAAGCUUAAUGAUAGCGUGCCGCUGCCUGUGCUCCAGGUGCUGGUCACACGCAGUUACUACGAUGGCAAUGGCCAGGAGAUCUAUGUUGAGAACGCCAGUCAGCUGUGGCAGCUGGAUGUGGUCUAUCCGGAGCUUAUCGAUGCCACCAAGGAUACUAAAAAGUCGCGCACCUUUGAGCUUACAGCCAGUGAUGCCAACUGGCUGGCUCAGGCCAAUAGCACGCGCCUGCAAUUUGAGCUGACGAGCAGCAUUGAUGGCGAACUGCCGCUGCAGCUGAAUGUGGAUGAGUCGCCCAUCUAUAAGCAACAUGGCGUACUCUAUGCGGCUGCAGUGCUCUGCGGGCUUUAUAUAAUGAUUAUUUGGGAAAUAGUCAAUCGCACAUUUGCUGCAAUUAUAGCUUCAACUCUAUCGGUGGGCAUUCUAGCUGCGCUCAAUUCGCGUCCCUCCAUGUCCACCAUAAUGAGUUGGAUCGAUGUGGAAACGCUGCUGCUGCUCUUUGGCAUGAUGAUCCUGGUGGCCAUACUCUCCGAAACGGGCGUCUUUGACUAUCUGGCUGUGUAUGCCUACAAGAUAACCAACGGACAUGUCUGGCCGCUCAUCAAUUGUCUGUGUCUGUUCACAGCGGUGCUCUCAUCGUUUCUCGACAAUGUAACCACAGUGCUGCUGAUGACGCCGGUGACAAUAAGACUCUGCGAGGUUAUGUCGCUUAAUCCUGUGCCCAUACUCAUGUGCAUGGUGAUCUAUUCGAAUAUUGGCGGCGCCCUAACCCCAGUGGGUGAUCCGCCCAAUGUGAUUAUUGCCUCCAAUAGUUAUAUUUCUAAAAAUGGCGUCAAUUUUGCUGUGUUUACCCUACAUAUGCUGCCCGGAGUGCUGCUGGUGAUGGUGCAAACUUAUUUGCAGCUGCGCUACAAGUUUCGCAACAUUAGCGAUUUGCAGUUCAAGGACUCGCCGGAGGUCGAGGAGCUGCGUCAUGAGAUUCAUGUGUGGAAGCGUGCGGCCGCCAGCUUGUCUGCCUACUCCAAGGAUGAAGAGCUAGUGCGUCAAACGCUAAUGAAGAAAGUGAAUCGCUUGAAGCGUAGCCUCAAAAAACGCAUGACUGCGGUUAUAGAGCCCGCACCCAAUUAUCAACAAACGUUGGCUAAUUUGCAAGCAAAGUAUCCCAUACGCAACAAACAGCUUUUGGUCAAAUGCAGCGCUGCUCUAUUAUUUGUCAUCAGUUUGUUCUUUUUGCACUCCGUGCCGGAGCUACAAAGACUCUCUCUAGGCUGGACAGCGCUGCUUGGCGCUAUAUUCUUGAUUAUAUUAGCCGAUAUAGAGGAUCUGGAGGCGAUACUUGCACGCGUCGAGUGGUCUACGCUGCUGUUCUUUGCAGCGCUGUUUAUACUCAUGGAGGCGCUCACAGAACUUGGCCUAAUCGAGUGGAUUGGCAACAUGACAGAGGGCAUUAUAUUGGGUGUGGGUGAACAGCAUCGCCUAAUGGUGGCCAUUCUAAUUAUACUUUGGGUAUCUGCGGUGGCUUCUGCCUUUGUGGACAACAUACCGCUGACAACAAUGAUGGUUAAGAUUACCAUUUCAUUGGCACAGAAUAGCACUUUGAAUUUACCGUUACAGCCGCUGGUCUGGGCACUUGCCUUAGGCGCCUGCUUGGGCGGCAAUGGCACGCUAAUUGGCGCCUCGGCUAAUGUAGUCUGCGCUGGAGUUGCUGAGCAGCAUGGCUAUAAAUUUACAUUCCUAGAAUUCUUCAAAGUGGGUUUCCCCAUAAUGAUUGGCAGCAUUGUGGUGACCACGGGUUAUUUGCUGCUCUCGCAUACGCUGUUCGCGUGGCAUUGAUAGAAGGCCCCCUCCCCCCAGGGAUAGUUGAAAGAAGUUGACUGUGUGUCGAUUUGAAAAUAUGGCGCACUUUACCUCGUUACCUAGAGAAAGAACAAUGUUUAACAUUCGACACUUAUGAGAUAAUAUGAUAUGAUACUAUCAACAACAGUAUGAAACUAAAAGCCAAACAUAAUAAUUUAAAAAUACAUACCAAGCAGCAACAAAAGAAUUUUGAAACAACUACCAGCAUACUCUGAGUAUGCUAUAAAGCUAUACAUAUACAUUUAUAUAAUUUUAAAAACUAAGCUAAACGUGUAUUAAGCGUAUUUCGAAGUGCAAAAAGAAACCACACAUUUAUUUUUACACAUCAUUGUUAGUGUAGUGCGUAGUCUAAUGUAUCAGAA